CGAUAUCCAUUUCCCAACUCAAAAGAAAGAAGUUUUAGGUUAUAGGAGUGAACGAUUCGUGACCAAGGACGACCGAGGGGAAAGGUCACUCUGUGGUGUUUGGAAGCGGAGAGAGAUCCUACCCGCUCUUGGCUCCUGCUUCCUCUUACAUAUGCCGCCGGACGACACUAGCCAGCAUCAAACACUUGCCACGAUGUCAGCCUCAUACACGAGAGAAGAAGAGCAAUUUGCUGCAGUCGACCUUUCGGAAACAGGAUACGAGAGCGAGUCAUGGUCUACCCCUGCUCUAUUUGUUGAUUAUGAUAAUCUCGAUGGAAAAAGGGGCGAUCGGAUUCCAUUACGAGGGAGGUUUGAUGACGACCGACCAAGACAUGGUAGAUUGGAUGAGGAGCUGUCAGAGUAUGACGACGCUUAUAUGGACGAUGUGGAGCAGCCUGCUGCACAAGGACUAUUGGGAGGGUUGGCUAGAGUUGCGAAGCGCCAUGCCAAGCGAACCGUACCAAAGCCAGCGUUCCUGAUGUGUGGUUUGGCGGUGGUAUUGGUUUUGAUUGUACUGGCAUCAAUCGCAAGCAAUGGCCCGUACCCAGAUGAGUCAGUAGAGAGAUCCUCCCGUCCGAAUAUCACGCUAGGUCACGUAUUUAAUUACACGUUUGGUCCCCGCUUCCCAUUGUAUCAAUGGGAGAAUGGAAACGACGGGGACUUUUCAUUUGCAAGUGAGGGAAGCAUAUAUAUUCAGCAUGUGGAACAGGGGAACAAAAGUACACUUCUCCAGGCGGCAGAUGCUGUAGACUCCAACGGGAAUCGCAUUAAUUUCCGUAGCUACAAAAUUUCGCGCGACUUGCAAUACAUCCUGUUGGAAACUGACCAUGAGAAGGGGUGGAGGCACUCUUUCUUUGCAAAUUACUGGGUGUGGAACGUCGCGGACAAAAAAGCAGAGCAUUUAACCACCUCAAAGUCCGAUAAAUCAAUACCCGGUGAGAUUGGAAGCGGAAAAGUAGCUUUAGCCUUAUGGAGUCCAUCCGGUCAUCAUGUUGCCUGGGUCAGAGACAAUGAUCUUUACGUCACAAUGGAUGCGAAGACGGAAGUGCGGAUUACGACAGAUGGAUCGAAAGACAUCAUAAACGGCAUAGCGGACUGGGUGUAUGAAGAGGAAGUGCUAGGGACUCACGACGCAAUGUGGUUCUCACCUGGUGGAACACAUCUGGCUUACCUAAAGUUCAACGAAACACUGGUACCAGAGUACCAUCUGCAGUACUACGAAAAGAACCAGAAAGUGUCCUAUCCUGAGGAGGUGUCCAUCAAAUAUCCAAAGCCUGGAGCGCAGAAUCCAGUUGUAAGCCUACAUGUCGCGACACCUUCUUCUCCAAACGCAACGGGACUCGAUGUUCCUGUGGAGUUUGACAUGGCCCAAUAUUUCCCUGACGAUGAUCGUCUCAUUGUCGAGGUCAACUGGGUCAGAGAAGAUGCCAUGCUGGUCCGGAUGACAAAUAGAAUACAAAGCCACCAGAAGCUUUUUUUGACGGAACUGAAGACCAGUGCAACAGGGGCCACAUGGAAGAGCAACCUUGUUAGACAGGAUGUGGUGAGCGACAACGGGUGGAUAAAUCGGUUACAACCGAUCGUAUUUGUGCCGCCUUCCAAAGCUGUCGGAAGGCAAAAUCCAUCGUACCUUGAAGUUAUGGAGGACGAAAACGGUUACGCGCAUAUUGCGUAUUUUUCGACCGUGACCGAAGUGAAGCCGACUGCAUGGCUUACCAGCGGACUUUGGGAAAUAGCGGACAUUGUCGGGAUCGACGGCGAGAGAGGAAUCGUCUAUUUUACAAGCACCGAAAGAGGUCCAUCGCAGCGACACUUGUACAGCGUGCAUCUAGAUGGUUCGAAUAAACAUGCUUUGACCCCUCCGAUGAACUAUUCUUCGAGUAUCAUUUUGCCUCCUCUGGAAUUCCAACCUAACGGGACUACCGCCGUAGACCCAGAUGCGAAAGACAUUGGUUAUUAUACGGCCAAUUUCUCUCCUCGCUGUGCUUACUAUCUCCUUCAAUACAGAGGGCCCGACAUACCCUGGAGCAGAGUGGUGAAAGCCGACGGGAGCUGGUUUCAGGACGUCGCGGAUAAUCAGCGUCUUCGGGACAUUUUGCCCCUCUACGCGGUACCAAAACGCAAAUUCUUUCAAAUCCCCAGCGGCGCAAAGUCGGACGGGAAGGGUGGCGUGCUGAAUAUGAACGUCCAAAUGCAGGUUCCAUACGAUUUUGACCCUCAUGCAAAGAAGAAAUAUCCUGUGCUGAUGCGAGUCUACGGUGGGCCCAACUCGCAGCUGGUACAGCAAUCGUAUUCAGUGGAUUUUAUGACUGCUGUGACAAGUGCUGGCGGAUUUAUUUCUAUCAUCGUAGACGGGCGCGGUACAGGCUUCAUGGGUCGAGCAUACCGAUCGACGGUGGCCAACCACCUUGGUUCAGUGGAAGUAGAAGACCAAAUAGCAGCGGCGCAAUGGUUGCGUCAGCAGCCGUACGUGGACGCGAGCCGGAUAGCUAUAUGGGGUUGGUCAUAUGGGGGUUACAUGGCCACUAAAGUGGUUGAAGCCAACUCGGGGUUAUUUGCCGUUGGAAUGGCUGUCGCACCUGUUACUGAUUGGCGGUAUUAUGACUCGAUAUAUACUGAAAGGUAUAUGAAGACGCCGCGCAUGAAUCCGGAAGGCUAUGACAAGAGCAUGGUAAGAGAAAUGGAAGGAUUUGAAAAGACCAAGUUCUUGCUUGUUCAUGGAACAGCUGAUGGUGAGUUCGCAUGCAGUAGCGUGAAUUUAUGGUCCAGUAAACUAACUUGCUGGUAUCCGCGCCGCUCACCGACGCUUCAAGAUAAUGUACAUUUUCAAAACACUGCGUCUUUGGUAUGGCGCUUAACCGGAAAUGGCAUUCGCAACUAUCGCGUGCAAGUAUAUACUGACUCCGAUCAUUCCAUGUCCGCCGGGGGGGCUAAUCGGGAGGUUUAUGUGCUCUUGUGGGAUUUCGUCAUGGAAGCGUUUGGAGAGCGGCGUGCGCCUAUAGGAAUAUAAGUAGGCAAUUUUUAUGUAGGUAAAGGUUUUUCUUCAUUGUAUAAUUUUGUGAGUUAUCUAGUAUCGGCGGCGUAACAAUGGCGUAGGAAUUUCAAAUAAUUAUCUUGAGCUGCCAAUGACCUUCUUUAGACAGCAAUUGUUUGUACAAUGUCAUUAUAUACACGUUUUCGUGACCUGAAGAUGCCACUUGAUAUCGCGGAGCACUUCAUUUGACACUUUCU